CUUUGAGAAGCACCAUUCAAGCCGUUUCCUUUUUAUCCCUAAAACUUCACAACCAUAACACCUCCUUCCUUCUCUUAUAUUCUCUCCUCUUCCUCUCCCUCCGCUUAUCAAGAAGGGCAGGGGCCAUAGACAUUACAAACACAGAGAUGGGUUCUUCUAAGCUCUGGCUGAUUGUCCUGGUUUUGGCUUUGGCCAUGAUAGCUGAGGCAGCAACAUCAAUAGCUGGUGAUGAUGCAUGGGUUCUCUCUCAUAUGGGUGGCAAAGUUGAGGAUGAAACUGAGACGCUGAUGGAUUCUGAGAUCAGUCGUCGUACUCUUGGAGGAAGAGGAGGAAAAUACAUAAGCUAUGCUGCACUCAGGGCCAAUAACGUUCCAUGCAAUCGUCGUGGCCAGUCUUACUACAACUGCAGAAGGAGGACGAGGGCUAACCCGUACAGACGUGGUUGCAGCGCCAUCACCCGUUGCAAACGAUACACUCGUUAAGUAUUGAGAACAAAAAAAGCUGUAUUUGCUACAUUUCUUUCUCUAAUCCAUCAUUUUCUUCCAAAAUUUGGUGGGUAAUGGUGAUCCAUAUGUUCCAGUUGUUAUUUUUAUUUAUCUGAACUGAAUUGCUGAUGCAACUUGUUUGCUUGUAUCUCUAUCCAUAGAGGAAAUAAUAAAGACGUACCGUAUAUGAGAAUGAUAGUAAGGCCCCUUGCAGUUCCUCUUUUGGCACUUAUACGCAUCAAGUACCUGGAGAGUCUUAAGAAUUUGUUUGCUGCAUUUCUUUCCUAGCAUCGAUUCUUAAAAUGCUUCGGUGAUCUUUCAAGUUUAAAUGGUUGGAAAAUAUAACCAAAGCAAUAGGCAGGGAUGUUCUCUCAAAUCAACCAAUCCAUGAACUGAUGAACAUACCUAGAGAGAGAGAGAUUUAACAUCAAAAUACAUUAAAAGGAGACUAAUUAUCGUUCCAACUUCCAACACAAAAAAAAAAAAAAAAAAAAAAAA